GUUACGGGCGCCAUGUUGUUCCCAAGGGCAAGGUUCGCGCGGUUGAUGUAAAUUUUCGCUGUGCUCUUCAGGUUUCAGCAGGCCGUAAGGCCUAGGUCAGGGAGUUGAACAUGACUGUUUGCAGUGUGAAGGGCUGCCUUAAUCAUCAAGAGCGGGGUUUCAGACUGCACACAAUCCCUAAAGUCCCACACAGACGGAAAGUGUGGGAAGAAAUACUUCGAAAAGUCAACCAAACUCAAUUGGAUGCGAAUGGCCAACCGUGGUCUGCCCCGCCACACUCAAAAAUUUGUGAGGCACAUUUUGAAGAGGAAGCAUUGCAGCCAUUACGAAUGGACGGUAAGAAGAGGAAGUUGAAGCCCAUGGCAAUACCGACCCUCUUUGGUGACCGAGCUCGGCAAGCAGUACCAGCCAUCUUUGUUGACAGAGCUCAGCAAGCCAAGCCUAUUAGAUUUAGACCAAUCCUACCCGUCCCAUCACCAGUGCCAGAACUUGUCCCACCAAACACUGCAGCUCAGGACCAUGCCUGCACUGCCAGUGCCAUGCCUCAACCCAUGCCUCAACCCAUGCCUCAACCCAUGCCUGUUGUCUUUCCAGGCUCGGUUUCCAAAAACUCCAAUCUCAAUGCAAAUGAGCAACUCCAUGCUGAUGAUAGCGACACUGAAGAUGACGAAGAUGACAUGGCAAUCACAAACUCCUUGACAGCAGACAGUACGUCAGAUAAGCUCACUAAGAUGAGAGAGAGAAUGAAGAAGUACCGAGCCACGAUACACCAACUGAGGAGGGAAAAGCGAAUACUCGUCAAAAAGAAGAGCAUACUGGAGAGUAACAUGGUCAAGAUGUUUGGAAAAGAUCAGAUAGAGGCCUUGAGUCAUCAAGAUAGAGGUAUUCGGGGCAUCCGAUGGAGCAAAGAGACUAUCAACAAGGCACGCAGGUUAUGGCAAAUGUGUGGGUCUAACGGCUAUGAGUUCCUCUUACAGCAACACUACCCGCUACCAUCUAUUCGUGCUCUACAACGUGCUCAGGAAGAACAGAGAGCCAGCCCUGAACUCGACGAAGUGGUUGGUACGAGUCGUGCAACGUUGCUACCACAGGAAAUGUUUCAAACUGGUUUCCACAACUAAGAGACACGGAGGACAUUGUGCAAUUGUCCAAGUGUGCUUGACAACAACACCACCUGAGCUCCAAGAUAUUUGACGUUUAACAACAGACCUUUUCCAUUCAGCAGCCAUAUUUGAGGUAUUUUACUCAGGUAUAUAUCCAUGUGGAGCAAAAGCAUGUACCCCAGAGAUGGCUGCCGUGCAAAGAAUCUAUUCUGUAGAGUUGUAUUUGAGUCCAUCCCAAGUGUUUCCAGUAAGAAUAAGACAUGUUCCCAAUUGGAGCAGGCAUUGUUUCCCGGUGGAACAUUCCAAGCAUUCCAACUUUUAAGAUGUUCCCUUAUUUACCAUUUUUCCCAAAUUUGGUGAAGUCUUGUUUCCUUGUGAGUUUUUAUAACCUAUAAUAAGUAAUUAUUUAUGCACUUACAUUUAUAUUCACAAAAUAUAAGUACACUCAAAAUUUAAGAAAUACUGGAAUCUCAUAUAGUAAUGCUUGCGAACACAGUAUGGAGGGAUUAUCACAUUUCAGCAUAGUGCAAUAUCUAUGAUUAUAAACUCAAGUUACAUUAUUCAUUUGGACAGAAAAUGGCAUAAGAAGUUCCCAUAAUUUAGUAUGUAUCUUUGCAUAUUGUUAUUAAUUAAGUCAAAUUUAAGUCAUUUCAACAAUAUUUGCUAUAACAUACUGAUCCUCUAAAUCCAUUCAUUUCUGAAAUUGCAGCAAAAGCAAGUGUGGUCCAUUCCCUUUAACUUCGUACAGAAAACAAACAAACAAACAAACAACCCCAAACCCUGAAGCCCAAAAAAAUUCAAAACAAGCAAAACACGAUUAGCAUAUUUUAAGGGACAAUGAAAUGAAUGUUUCACUGGAG